UUGAAUUCAGGCUUUGGAAAUGUUCUUCGCCAUGUCACGUUCUUAAAGAUCCAAGAUUGGGUGAACGGGAAGGAAGGUAACAUUCGAGCGCUAUUGGCCUCUCUCAGUGAUGUGUUAUGGGAAGGAGCUGAGCAAUGGCAACAUUACUGUAUGGCAGAUUUACUCAGUGAGAAUCAAGUCAAGAAAUGUUACCAUCGAGCAUGCCUGUUGGUGCAUCCCGAUAAACAUGUCGGACAGGAUCACGAAGAGCUUGCAAGAGCUAUAUUUACAGAACUCAACGAAGCUUGGAACGUUUUUGUGCAGAAUAGUCGCUUCUCAAAGUGAUU